AUGGGCCAGACGCUUUCUGAGCCCGUCGUCGAAAAGGCGUCGGCAACUGGCGGGGAUGAGCGGCUCAUCUACGGCGUGUCGGCCAUGCAGGGCUGGCGUAUCAGCAUGGAGGAUGCGCACACGACAGUCCUCGACCUACUAGCCAACAACCCCAAGGAGGCCAAGGACCACAGCCAAAAGCUCUCCUUUUUCGGCGUUUUUGACGGCCACGGCGGCGACAAGGUGGCAUUAUUCGCGGGCGCCAACAUCCACGACAUCAUUGCGAAGCAGGACACAUUUAAGACCGGCAACUACGAGCAGGCUCUCAAGGACGGCUUUUUGGCAACUGAUCGGGCAAUUCUAAACGAUCCCAAAUACGAGGAGGAGGUUUCUGGGUGCACCGCAUGCGUCGGUCUUAUUACCGAUGAUAGAAUCUUUGUGGCCAACGCUGGCGAUUCGAGAUCCGUACUGGGCGUAAAGGGCCGCGCGAAACCUUUGUCUUUCGACCACAAGCCCCAGAAUGAAGGCGAGAAGGCUCGUAUCACUGCCGCUGGCGGUUUCGUCGACUUUGGUCGCGUGAAUGGAAACUUGGCUCUCUCGAGAGCUAUUGGCGAUUUUGAGUUCAAGAAGAGCGCCGAGCUGGCACCCGAGCAGCAGAUCGUUACCGCAUACCCCGAUGUUAUGGUCCACGACUUGGCCGACGAUGACGAGUUCCUCGUACUUGCUUGCGACGGUAUCUGGGAUUGCCAGUCUUCCCAAGCGGUUGUCGAGUUCGUCAGGCGAGGCAUUGCCGCCAAGCAGGAUUUGGACAAGAUCUGUGAAAACAUGAUGGACAACUGCCUGGCCUCCAACUCGGAGACGGGCGGCGUUGGUUGCGACAACAUGACCAUGAUCAUUGUUGGUUUCCUCAGGGGACGGACUAAGGAGGAGUGGUAUGAGGAAAUUGCCAAGCGCGUCGCCAACGGUGACGGCCCUUGCGCUCCUCCCGAAUAUGCUGAGUUCCGCGGUCCUGGUGUGCAUCACAACUUUGAUGAUAGUGACAGCGGGUAUGAUCUCGAGGACAACGGAAACAAGGGCAAGCCCUUUGGCAUGGGCGGCUACAAGGGCCGCAUCAUCUUCCUCGGCGACGGAACCGAGGUGCUGACCGACGCCGACGACACUGAAAUGUUUGAUAACGUGGAGGAGGACAAGGAUCUCGCCAGCCAAGUCUCCAAAUCACCCUCAAGCAUAACAACGAACGACCAGGACCAGAAGGAGCAGGCCGCCGUUGCUGCGGCGGCGGCGGAUAACAGCACACAAAACGCCAAGAAGGAGGAGACAAGCUCGCCGGCUAAGGCUUAG